GUAAACGGAGGGUUGCAUGUCUUCGCAGGGCCUCGCCCAUCAUCACGCGGUCCAUCACGCUGGCCUUUCGAUCUUCAAGACCUUGAGAGGAUGCCCAAAUACAACACCAAUUUCGCCCGCUCAGGUCAUGCUGCCCAAAUCGUCGACCGGGUUCACCCAGCAGUGCGCGACGUUGGAUGUUGUGCCAGCUUAAAAGUUGGCAAGUGGAGGGUUAGGGUCGCCUAACCCUCGAACGUUCAUGUUGCUUCCGUUCGACCAGAAAAUGCGCCGUUAGUAUUGGCGUCUCAAUACGGUCCGAAUCACGAGAAAGCGAUUACAUAGUGUACCUGGUAGACGUGGCGUCAGCUACGCUACAACCACGGGCCAAAGAGCCGGCCGGCGGUGUCAAAAGACCACUAAACCGUCCAGACCAAUAAUUUCAGCCGCGCCAGGUCGGGACGCUUCUGGUGUGGAGAGCCACACGGGUGUUGAUCCGUCUUUGUCCCAUGGAGCCUUGCUUGAAAAAUACCAUCAUGUAACAAGAACACCAAGCGGAUAAACUGCCCGACACCAAGACCGUUCCUCAAACAAGUCUAAACUGUUAGCCUCUUCGCUCUUUCUCUUGGCGGCCAGCGCAGUCUCAACACCAUCGGAAACCGAUAACCACCCUCCCAACCAGACAACGCUUCACGUGGAGGCACAGAUUGGUCGGAGCAACGGUUGUGUCUUCAUACAAACAUGACAUCACCAAAUCCCCAAGACCCACCCCAAUCUACGAGCACAUUAUCGCCGUCCAAUAAACCAAAGAUAACGCUCUACUGGCUCAACGACUACCGAGCCCAGCGCGUCGUCUGGCUCCUCGAGGAGCUCGACCUAACCUACACCGUCAGACCCUUCCACCGCACCCCCAGCGGCCUCGCCCCCGGCGAGCUGGAAAAGGUCUACCCCCUAGGGACAUCACCCAUCCUGACAAUCUCGUUACCGCACCGGGAACCUCAUCUGCUUCACUAUGCAGAGGGGAGCUUCGCGCUGACGUUGGUGGUCGGGGUGAUCUUGGCCGACAGUCUUUGGCAGCAACAAAAUCCCCUUCUUCCUCCGCCCCAUCACCGGGUUCGUCGCCGACAAGAUCUACAAGGCGUUUGUCGUGCCCCACUGCGGAGAAGCAUCUCGCCUUUUUGGAAGGAAUGCUCGCCACUCCCCUUCUGCUGCUGGCGAUGAAGGUGAGAGGUAUCUCUGCGGGGGGGUUCCUGACCGCGGUGGAUAUCCUGCUUAGCUUCAACUUGGCCACUGCCAGGGACGGGGUGGGCAAGGUGAUGGUCUCUGCCGGUGAUGGCAAGGCGGGCAAGAUAACACUGUGGGACACGAGUACCCGCGGGUGGGCGAGUAUUUGGAGAGGCUGCAUCGGGAAAGGGGGUAUCUGAGAGCCGCGGAGAGUAUUCGGGCUGUUGGGGGACAGAAGGACAAACAGGUGUAAUAGUUCGUGUGCCAAAUCACUGUCGAGUUCGAUGAAAACAACAUCAGGA